AUGUCGCGGAGGCAUACUUUACUUUGUAUCGUGUUUGUUUACACGACUGGCUUGAAAUUUGUUUACGUACGAUCAUGUGUCGCCACGGUAUCACCAGAAGGUGCUGCUACUACUACUGCUACAACCACUACAAGUAUUCCAGCUACAGUUAUCGUUGAGGAACCCCCUGGCUCCGGGCGAUAUGUGGCAUUAGGAUCGAACACUGUCUUGGCCCGGGCCAUUCCUGCUGCUGACCUCGCUAACCUCGUGAGAACGGGUGACACUAUCAUCGUGGAACCAGGUGGCUCUCCAGCACCUCCAGGAACCCUUGUCGUACUGCCAGAUACUGGUAUGACAAUUGUUAUACCGGUUACUACCACAACAGCAAAUUCUGUUACUACUAUUACUGCAGCUCCUCCCGGACAAGGUCAAACACCUCAGCAAGCUCCUCCCGGGCAANGCCAAGUAACUCAGCAAGAUUGUAUGAUGUACUGUCCGUCUGUUUAUCGUGACAACUGCUAUGGAACUGCAAAAGCGACAUGUCCUACGGCUGCGGAUGCGAACACGGUCGUACAAGCAACUGGGAUGGAAUGCCGGUCAGUGAGAUGA